AUGGGCCAGAUCUCCAGUAAAGCAGGUGAGGGCGGGCCGCUGUACCUACGCGACCAGACUCGGUUUUCGGUCGCUGCUUGCAACAUCACCAAUGCACGUGGUCGCACACUCCUGAACAUUACACCGAAUGCCUUCCCCGCGACAAGAUACAGCCCAAGGAGGGAGCUGGGCGACGAGAGCGUUAUAGAGUAUAUCCAGGAUCCAGACACAUCGCCUACCGCCGACGGACCGCCGUCCUUCCUUAUUCGCCUACCCAACGACGAAGAGCUCACGUUCAACUUCACAUUCAUACUCCGCCAGCAACUAGCUGUACCUUCGAGCUACCACGCUAACAGCGUAUCGAACACAGUGGCCCCGGCUGGUCUCAUCGACACAUUUAUCAAUGGCUUGACGUUUGUGUUUGCGUCCAGCUCGAGGGAGCUCGACAAUCUGGUCACGCGGGAGUUUCACGCCAAUCCCAACCUCCACAAGAAUCCGCAGGUCGAACUUGUCGGGGAUUAUGCUACGAGCGGGAGCUCCUCGGUCUCGUUUCAGUGGGCUUGGAAGUUUACGCCUCCCAAGACAAAUGAGUGUCGAGGUGGAGGUUGGCGCACCAGCUGCAGUUUUGUAGAGUAUGAUCAGCGGGCACAUCGGUUAGAGACACUGGCCAACUUUGCAUUUUGGGUGCAGAAUACAGCAAAGGUCCUCCACAGUCCGAAGGUGACAACACCGCGACUAGAACUCGGCAUACCGCCAAGACUACGAGUGCCCUCGGCGCAAUCGAUAGACUCGCGGGUCAGCGACUCGGCAGACGAGAACCGGGAUUGGGAUAACAUACCUCCAAGGUCUCCCAUCUUCGAGGCCAUACCAGAAAAUGGAUUGUCUCUUGUGCCAACGCAAGCUACGGGACUCACAAGCGCCUCGGUCAAAGUCGACGUUUUGCGACCCGGAGAGGACCUUAGUCAAACCGAUGAUGGACCCUUGUUCCGAGCGACCAUGAAAUCCCUCGAGCAAAAGACGGGCAACAUGCGUAUGCGGUGGAAGAAAGUUCUGAAGCGAGCAGAGUCUGCAAUGGAAGCGCAAGUGAACUGCAACAACGCCAUGUCGCACUUGAUGGAUGCCUUGAAAGAGGCCUCGUCUUCGAAUGCGAAUGCGGUGCAGCCUGCGAUUGAUCAUUAUUUUGACAAGAUUGCCAAGGACAUUCUUGCCUAUGAGCGUUCAAAUGCGACCAACAUUCAGAAGCUGAUUAUCGAUCCAAUACAUAAGCUCUACAACAUCGACAUUAAGCAAGCAGAAACCAAGCGAAAAGAUUUCGAAGAGGAGAGCAAGGACUACUACCAGUACCUUGGACGAUAUCUCGGACAACGGCAAGAUUCGUUGAAAGAGAAAAAGCGUGCCGAGACAGACUCGAAGUACCAAGACAAGAGACGGAAGUUUGAGCUGAAGCGGUUCGACUACUCUUCCUUUAUGCAAGAUCUUCACGGUGGACGCAAAGACCAAGAAGUUCUCUCGAACCUGACAAGGUAUGCGGACACACAGGCUAAUAACUUCCUCUCAACCGCAAAGAUCAUCGAAACUAUGCUCCCUCAGCUAGAAGCAUUGAGCCAAGAAGUCAGGGAAGCAGACAAAGAGUUCCAGCUUCAGAGGACCGGGAGAGAAGAGAAGAGGAGAGCAUUGGAAAAGGACAACAAGUCCUUUGAUGCACCGUCGUCUCAGUCAGUAUCAUCCGCGACAACUGCCAAUGGCAGCACACCGAGGGCCCCAUCAAGUGCAGACGGAGAACUUCCUGGACGAAAAUCGAGCAUAGCGCCCGUCUUCCAGAGCACUGUUAGCCCACCUCCACUUCCCACAUCGGCGAGCAAUCCUUUCGUAAGCUCGCCGCAGAGUCCAGAGGCCGGCAAAGCAACCUUAGCUACCAUAACCCCUCAGCCAGACAAGUUUAAAGGCAUCAGGGACCUGGAAGAUCGAGCCUGCAUAGGUGAGCUUACUCCCGGCGCUCAUCGCAAGCAGGGUCUGUUGUGGGCUCUGAGUAGGCCUGGCAGCCAUGUUGACCCCAAGGGCUUGAACAAGCAAGCUUGGCACAAAUUCUGGAUUGUACUAGAUCAAGGCAAACUUUCCGAAUACACAAACUGGAAGCAAAGUCUAGAACUACAUAUGGAGCCGAUAGACUUGCGCAUGGCCUCGGUGCGUGAAGCUCGUAAUGCGGAUCGACGCUUCUGUUUCGAGGUCAUUACACCUCACUUCACACGCGUUUACCAGGCUACCAAUGAGGAUGACCUUCGAUCCUGGAUAUCCGCCGUCAACAACGCCUUGCAGACUGCAGUGGAAACUGCACCAAAAAACGAUCGUCCUUCGACUGACUCAUUACCUGGUCAGACUCGUCGAGAUAUUGCAUCGGUCUUGACAGGGAAAAGCCCUUCACUCUCCAGCAACCGCACCAACUAUAGUUCCAGGGCACCCGCUCGACAUGCCACAGUUGGCGACAAACCUGGGUACAGGCGCGAGGAGCCUGCAGGGGACGAUGGUAAGCUCCUCAGACAAGUGCGAGAAGCCGACGCUGGGAACAGAGUAUGCGCGGACUGCAGCUCAGAAAGCAAGGCCGACUGGGUGUCGAUCAACCUCGGCAUCGUGAUCUGCAUCGAGUGCAGUGGCAUCCAUCGUUCGCUGGGUACGCACAUCACGAAGGUGCGGUCCUUGACUCUCGACGUAAAUUCGUUCACGCCCGAUAUUAUCGACAUACUGCUGAAGAUCGGCAAUCGCGUCAGCAACAUGAUCUGGGAAGCAAGGCUCGAUCCUGCUAUCAAACCAGGGCCAAUGUCUACAAGAGAACAAAGACUGCGGUUCAUCACUGCCAAAUACUCGGACCGAGCAUACGUCUCCCCAAUAUCGCCUGCCAUCUCACACUAUGGCACUCCGGAUGAGACACUACUCGCCUCGGUCAAGAAGAACGAUAUCCAGAAUGUCCUGUACGCACUCGCGCUACGCGCAAAUCCUAACUCCCGAGACCGAUCAAGAGGGACACAUGCUGUAUUCUUAGCCCUCGCAGCAGCCGAUCCUGCGUCACCCUCUGCAUCAGCAUCUCCCGCAACUUCACCUGGCCGUGACGCCCGCCCAUCAACACCGCAGCCAAUACGCAAGCCCUUCCCUGUAGCGGAAUUACUGCUGCAGAAUGGUGCAGACCUACCCAUGACAGCGGCACCCAUCCCACUCAGCCAAUCUGCGCGUCAAUAUCUCGACUUCAAAGCGGACCAGAAGGCAGGCAAACGCGUAGUACCUGUAAUACCCGGGGGGCAGCCCAACCCCAGUGGCGACGUUCUCCCGGCACUCCCACACAUCACAGCCGGCAACGGUAGUACCCCUUCCGAGCGAGCUCGUGAGCGAGACGCGCGGUUACAGAAACGUGUUUCUGCUAGCGGAAGGUUGGUCAAGAACACAUUCCAAGAUUUCGCUGAAGGUAAGCGUGGCUCAUAG